AUGGGCGAUAUCGGACGAAUUCCGUCUAGCGCUUUUGUCCUCUUUCUUUCCUUGCUUGUCAACAGUGUUUCUGCCAUUUACUUCCAUAUAAGCGAGUCUGAGCGGAAAUGCUUCAUCGAAGAAAUUCCUGAUCAGACGAUGGUCAUAGGAAAUUAUAAGGUGGAACUUCUUGACCAGAACACGCGCCAGUUCGUUCAACACCCUGGUAUCGGCAUGUACGUGGAAAUAACGAACCCAGAGGAACAAGUGAUUUUGUCUCGGCUGUACACAAAUGAAGGCAAAUUCACCUUCACCAGUAACAUGCCUGGCGAACACGUUAUCUGCCUUUAUUCCAACUCUUCAAGAUGGUUCAGCGGAGGUCAGUUGCGCGUCCAUCUUGAUAUUCAAGCCGGAGAACAUGCUCAGGAUUAUGCACAAAUAGCUGCAAAGGACAAACUCAACGAAUUGCAAUUGAGGAUUCGACAGCUGCUAGAUCAGGUGGAUCAAAUCACCAAGGAACAGAAUUACCAGCGAUUCCGCGAGGAGCUGUUCAGACAGACAAGCGAAUCAACCAAUACGCGCGUGCUUUGGUGGGCGAUUGCACAAACUUUCAUUCUGUUGCUAACUGGUUUGUGGCAAAUGAGACACUUGAAAGGCUUUUUCGAAGCUAAGAAAUUGGUUUAA